AGUGAGCAGCACUCACUUUUGUUCAGAUUCUGCUGCUGCUGUCCAGAUGUCGUGUUCCCCCUCCCUUUUUUUUUUUCCUCUUCCCUUUCCCUUACUUAGAGUCCUUUUAAAAGGGCACAUCUGGAGCCUUUUUUUAAAAAAUGUGCGUGUGUGUUUAUGUCUCGUUUGUGUUGUGUUAGGCUUAAACAAAUAGCGCUCCGUUUGCACAGCAGAGGCGUUUGGAGAGGCGGUGGCUCCCUUCCCUCUCCCCCGCACCCUUCAGUUUUAAGCGCAACGAACAACCAAACCACCGCGCGUCCCGCCGCCGCUCGCCCCUCCGGCCGCCCCGCGCGCAGCGGCCGCGCAGCCGCCCCGCGCCGCUUUCCCCAAGCUCGCUCCCCGCGCCGCUCCUCUCCCUGUAUUUUACUGGGCUCCGUCGGGUUUUUCCCCCCGCGCGGUUUCCGAGGAGGCCCCCGCCCGCCCCGACACCCGCGGUGCGUGAGCCGCGGCCGCGCCGUGCUCGGAGCCGCGGGUUCCUGCGGGGCGGUGGUUCCGCGCCGCGGCCGCUCACGCGGUGCCUCCCCUCGCGGGGCUGCUGCCCCUAACCCGCCGCCGUCGAGCGCCUCCGGCCGCCGCCGCUCCGCCUGCUGCCGAGCUGCCGGUGCCCGCAGCUCCGCGCCGCGACGUCGGCGCAGACGGGGCGCGCGGGGUGGCGCGGCCGGAGCCCCGCGGGCCUCCCGCCGCCUCCGCGGGCGGCCGUGUCCCUGCCGCCCCGCCCGCCGCCCUGACGCGCCCGCGCAGCUCCUGCUGCCCGCCAGCCCCAGCGCGCCCUGCUGCGAGCCGCCGCCGCGCCCCGCGCCCGCCGCCUCGCCGGGCCCCGCCGCCGCCGCGCCGCUCUGCUGCGCCCCCUUCGAGAGCCGGCUGCUGGCCGCCCCCCGCGGCCUCUACGGCGCGCCCUACGCCGCCGCGCAGGGCUACGCGGGCUGCCUGCCCUUCGGCGCCGACCCCGCCGCGCUCUACCCCUCGCUGACGCCGCAGUACGAGGUGAGGGACGGCGCGGGCGCCCUGCCCGCGGGAGUCGCGCAGCCCGCCGCCUGCUACCCCUACGAGCCCGCCCUGGGGCAGCACCAGUACGAGAGGUUGGGGACGGCGGACCUGAGCGGCGCGGCCAGGCGCAAGAACGCGACGCGGGAGACGACGAGCACCCUGAAGACGUGGCUGUACGAGCACCGCAAGAACCCCUACCCCACCAAGGGCGAGAAGAUCAUGCUGGCCAUCAUCACCAAGAUGACCCUCACCCAGGUCUCCACCUGGUUCGCCAACGCCCGCCGGCGCCUCAAGAAGGAGAACAAGAUGACCUGGUCGCCCAAGAGCCGCGCGGGGGAGGAGCGCCGCGAGCACGGCCGAGGGGCCGCGGAGCAGGGCGGCCCGGGCGCCGACGGCGCAGAGCCCCGGGGCAGCGCGGAGGACGCGGAGCUGCGGCUGAGCGACCUGGACGGCCUGGAGGAGGAGGAGGAGGAGGAGGAGGAGGAGGAGGAGGCGGCGGCAGGCCGGGGCCGCUCCCCGCCGCGCAGCGCGCUGGCCGAGGCGCGCAGCGGCGACUGCAGCCUGGCGCCGCCCGGGCCCUUCCGCGCCUUGGCCGCCGCCGGCCCGCCGCCGCCCUACGCGCCCGCGGAGAAGCCGCGCAUCUGGUCGCCGGCGCGCACGGCGGGGGCGGAGGGGCUGCGCGGCGCGCGGCCCGCCCAGCCCUGCCCCCCGGGCGCCGCGGGCGCGCACGGGGCCGGCGCGGGGGGGCCGGGGGGCGCGGCCGGGCCCUGCCCCGCCGCCCGCGGGCCCUGCCGCGCCGACACGCGCGGCCGCGGCGCGGGCUGCUUCCCCCGCGGGGCGCCCGCCGCCUCCCGCUGAGCGGCCGCCGCCGGCUGCCCGGGGGCGCGGACGGGCCGCGCACCGCCCGCGGGCCGCGGCCGGGGGGGUGAGGAGGGGCCGGGCCGGCCCCCGCGGGGCCCCGGAGCAGCCCGGCCUCGCCCCCGCCCCGCAGCCCCGGGGCCGGCAGGAGCUCGGGGCAGAGCCACCCUCCUCCCCCCCCCCCCCCCGCCCCGGUGCUGCGCCGCCGAGCGACGCCUCGACCAAAAAAGACUUCGCUCCUUCGUCCCCACUUCGGGUCUUUCCCCCCGCACCCCGCGGCGCUGCUGCCUGCCUGCCUGCCCGCCUGCCCGCCUGCCUGCCCGCCUGCCUGCCUGCCUGCCCGGCGCGGGGAUCGGCGCGGGGAUCGGCGCGGGGCGUUGGCAGGCGCCGCCGGUGACGGGGCGAGGGGAGGGCGCGGGGCGGCCCGGGCGGCGCGGAAAGAGCAGCGCGGGCCGGCGCGAAGGGAAGCCGCGUCUCUGCAUUCUUUCUGUUUAAUUAAAAGUGUCGUCAAGCACUUUCCGUUCGGACUAAUAAACCAAGCAGAGACGAGGAAAGAA